AUGCAACUUAAAGAAACAUCAAAAAAUGUCAAGCUGCAUUGCUUGAAAUUUUAUAAUAUGGUAGCUAGAGGAAUCAAAUAUGCAGCAUAUUCUAAAGAAUUGAAUAAACUUGGUGUUGUAAGAAACGAUUAUAGUAUCGAAAUAUGGAAUCUUUCAAAAGCACCGUUCAUUGAACGAACAAUACCAGGAAAUUAUGAUGAUACUGUUGAAGUUAUAUGUUGGGCUGGACCUCGAUUUUUUUCUGUUGGGUUGUCAGGUAGUGGUGUAAAAGAAUGGGAUCUAAAAAAACUCACUCCCCUUCGUUCAAUGUUGUUAACUGGCGAGAAAGGAAUAUGCAUGGAUUAUCAAAAGCAAACUGGAAUGUUGGCAAUUGGAACUGAAGAAGGAAUCAUGAACAUUUUCAGCACUGAUGAUAAUGAAUUACAAUUUUGUCGUCUAUUAGAUCGUCAAGAUCAUAGAAUUAUAUGUUGUAAGUUUAAUAACAAUGGAGAUAAACUUGCAUCUGGUUCACUUGAUACUGUAAAAAUUUGGAACGUCCAAAGUGGACAAGUCAUACAUAAAAUGUCAACAGGACGAGCAGAAUCAAAUCAAGAGACAAUUGUGUGGUGCGUAGACUUUAUUGAUGACAACACAGUUAUCACUGGUGAUUCAAGAGGAAAAGUUACCUUUUGGGACAUAACUUUAGGUGCACAAAUCGAUUAUGUUCAUGCCUCAAAUUUCGACAUUAUGUGUCUUAGCAUUUCGAAUGACAGAAAAUCUUUCUUCUGUUCUGGAGUUGAACAAAUUCUUAAAAAAUAUACAAAAGUGACUGUGCAAAGAGGAGGAAAAGAUUUCGAUCAAUGGGUGAGAUGUGCGAAGAGAUCAAAAAUUCAUACUCAUGAUAUUCUAACAAUGAUAACUUUGAAAAAUGAUUUGUUGGUAUCUGGCGGUGUUGAUGGAUUUCUGUCAUUUACAACGCCAGACAUGAAGAACUUUGACAGAUUUGGGCCUUUUCUUCAGCAUCCGUUUGUUAAUAUAUCUGACGAGAAUCGCUUAAUUCUUCUCAAAUAUGUAAACUAUUUAGAAUUGUGGCGACUUGGAAGUGCAGACGAACAAACUCAGGAAAUUGCUAAUGAGUCGCAGGAAAAAGCAAAUUUAUCAAUUGAGGAAAACGAAAAUGAAACAGUGACACAAUCAACUACAUCAAAACUUUAUCAACUUCAAGAAUUUCCAGAAAAGUUUCUUGAGUUGCGAAGUAAGAAGGAUGAGAUGAUAAUUUGCUCUUCAAUUUCUAAUAAUGGUCAGUGGAUUGCUUAUUCAACAUUAAACUCGAUUCGUCUUUUUCGUUUUGAAAUUCUUUCAAACUCAAAACCGAAACUACAAAUUGUUAAAAGCAUUUUACCAGAAUUUACAGCUUGUGUUAAAAUGUUGUUCACAAGCAAUCCUUGUACUCUAAUAAUAUUUAAAAGCAAUGGAACUUGUUCAGUGUUUGAUCUUGAUUUAGAGACAUUUGAACACAAGGAAACAUUUGAUAUAAGUGAACAUCAUUCAGAUUCGAUUCAUCACGCUGCCGUGUCAAAUUGUUCAAGAUAUUUGGUGAUGGCAAGCUUAUGCAACAUCAUAACAAUAUGGAAUUUAAAAAAGAAUAUAUGGACUCACUCAAAAACUCUUCCAAAAUGCAAUUCUCCAGUUCUGUCUAUUAAAAUACGCAAAAAUAGCCCUAUCGCCGUUAUUUCUUUUUCCAAUAAUAAAAUUUUGGAGUAUAACAUUGAAAGUCAUUUUAUUCACUUUUCUGCGGCUAUUCCUGAAAACUUAACAGCGAUUGAAAAUCCUUUGAGCAACGUUGUUGUUGAUCCUAGACGAGACGAUUCAAUAAUCUUCAUGAAAGGCAAUUCAAUCAACGUUUUGGUAAAAAAUGAAAGCACAAAUUCAAAAACGGCAGGAAAGAAAGCUAAAGUAGGUGAAAUUGACAGCAAUGAUUUCAGCGUCAAAACUGCGAAGAUAUUUUCAACACAUUUGAUUCAUUUGGAUUACAUUGGUGAAGAUGAACUGCUUGCACUUGAAGUAAAUCCAGUAUCUUUAACAGAAUUCCUUCCAUCUCCGCUAAGAAGAAAACUUUUUGGAAAAACAUGA